CUUUCAUUAGUGUGGUGAACCCGGUCUGGACAGGACUCGCCGCUCGCUCUGUGGAGCCGCUGCUGACGGAGGAUGUGGGGACUGAUAAAAGGAUAGAUGGCGGCGGCGCGGGGCUGUAAGAGGAGCCGGCGGCCGCUGGGCCUCGGUGUAUUUCCUCUCAUCAUUUUAUUCCCAGCUGCUUUAUGUUUUAGUGAGCUGUCAUUUGUGACUGAACCCAGUGAUAAGAUGGUAUCUCACAGUGAUCAUGUAGUGAUGGACUGCCUGGCCCAAGGAGAGACACCCGUGGACAUCAGAUGGCAGAAGAAUGGAGCCAGACUCUUAGAGAGUGACCGUGUCCAUUUCUUACCAAAUGGAUCACUGUCCCUCUCAUCAGUAAGGAGAGGAGGAGAGCAGUCUGAUGAAGGCUUCUAUCAGUGCCUCGCUCACAACAAAUAUGGAGCAAUCCUAAGCCAAAGAGCACGCCUUACAAUCUCAAGUAUCUCAUCUUUUCUGACCCAGCCCUCUCCUGUGGUAGUUAGAGAGGGCUCUGUCGCGAGGUUUGCCUGCAGUGUCAGUGCAAGCCCACCAGCCAUUAUCACGUGGGAAUUUAACCAAAGAGCUUUACCUCUGGAGACAGAGAGAAUCACAGUGUUACCAAAUGGAGUGUUGCAGAUUCAUGAGGUUAGAGCAGAAGAUGCAGGGGUUUACCGAUGUGUGGCCACUAACAUUGCCAAUCGACUGAGAAGCGGGGAAGCCAUGCUUACUGUCAACCCAGCACCUGGAGCCAAACCCCUCAUGAAGCCCCAGAUCAUUGCAGGGCCUCAGAACAUCAGUGCCAGCCUACAUCAGACUGUCGUUCUGGAGUGUGUAGCAGAAGGUAACCCUCGCCCUCUGGUGUCCUGGAGCAGAGCCGACUCCAAGCCUAUAGACGUGUUCGGUGCCAGGGUGCUGGGGAACGGAAAUCUAGUCAUCUCCAAUGUAAAAGCCCAACACAGUGGAGUUUACUUAUGCAGAGCUACAACACCACGCACAAGGAACUACACCACCGCUGCUGCAAACCUCACUGUGCUUGUGUCUCCAUCUCUGGUGGAGAAGCCAGAGAGUCAGACACGACCCAGAGCAGGUACGGCUCGCUUUAGCUGCCAGGCAGAGGGCGUGCCCACUCCCCGCAUCACCUGGCUGAAGAAUGGGGAAGCCAUUCACUCUAAUGGCAGGAUUAAGAUGUACAACAGUAAACUGGUGAUCAACCAGAUCAUUCCUGAAGAUGAUGCCAUCUACCAGUGCCAGGCUGAGAACUCUCAGGGUUCGGUCUUGUCCAUGGCGAGACUGAUCGUGGUCAUGUCUGAAGAUCGACCCAGUGCACCCCGAAACGUCCACGCUGAGACCAUCUCCAGCUCAGCCAUCUUACUGGCCUGGGAGAGACCUCAGUACAACGCUGAUAAAGUCAUUGCUUACUCAGUGCACUACAUGAAGGCAGAAGGUUUGAACAACGAAGAGUACCAGGCAGUGAUUGGGAAUGACACAACCAGCCACAUUGUAGAUGAUCUGGAGCCAGCACGCAACUACACGUUUUAUAUAGUAGCCUACAUGCCCAUGGGAGCCAGCCGCAUGUCUGAGCAAGUUACUCAACACACACUGGAGGAUGUGCCUCUCCGUACUCCUGAGCUCAGCCUUACCAGCCGCAGCCCAACUGACAUCCUGGUCUCCUGGCAGCCCCUUCCUGCCAAGCUCAGCCGCGGGCGUGUCUCUGCCUAUCGCCUGUCCUUCCGUACAGCCAGUGAUGAAGAGGUGACCUCGAUGGAACUGCCAGGUAACGGAGAGAACUCCACACAGCAUCUGCUUCAAGGCCUGCAGCCAGACACCAUCUACCUGCUGCGCCUUGCCGUCUCCACACGUGUAGGCUGGAGCCAACCCUCUGCCUGGAGCUCACACCGCACUCCCAAAACUUCCAGCGCCAGUGUUCCCCCUGCCCCUAAUCUGGAGCUGGAGCCCCUCAACUGCACCUCCAUUACUGUAAGAUGGCACCCUGCACCCAGUGAUGCUGUUGUCCAGGGUUACAAGAUUUUCUAUUACCUCGAUGGACAGACAGAGAGCUCUAAUAUCCAGUUCCGCCACCAGGACUACCAGCACACCAUUACAGGACUUGAUCCAAGAAGGAAGUACCAUGUAAAGCUGCUGGCUUUCAGCUCUCAUGGUGAUGGAUAUCAGGCACAUCAGAUUGUCAGCACUCCUGGCUGCCCUUCUGCUCCCAACCGGAGGUUGGCCACACUGCCCGCUCCAGACCACGUCCACGGUCAGACUAACAGCUCUUCAGUGGUGAGGCUCAGCUGGGGCCGUCCUGCCUUCAGUUCAGGGAAGCCAGUUAGCUACUCAAUCCGCUAUGGCCCUGUGGCUCCAUACAAUGCGUCUGCUGUACGCUACCUUCAAACGACUGAACAGACAGUAAUGGUGCAGGGACUGAGGCCUAACACACGUUAUGAGUUUGCUGUGCGUUUACACAUGGAUCAGAUGUCCAGCCCCUGGAGCUCUCCUAUUUAUCAGAGAACUCUCUUGGAAGCUCCAUCCUCUCCACCGCUGGCGGUGCGAGUAACUCUGAUAGAAGAGGACACAGCUCUGGUGUCCUGGAGGCAGCCAGAGCAGCCCAACCUGGCCGUGACUCACUACACUAUUCUCUACGCCUCUCAGAGAGCAUGGAUAGCAGGAGAGUGGCAGGUUCUACAGCGAGAAGCGAGCAACACCAUGGCACUGCUGGAGAAGCUGGAGUCAGGUAACGUCUACAUGGUGAAGAUCUCAGCCUCAAAUCAAGCUGGUGAUGGGCCUUUCUCCAACAUGGUGGAGCUUCCUGUACUCAAAGGGAAAACUCACCAGGGCAAAAACCCUCGCCACACCUACAGCCAGACUGACACGACAGCUUUUACAGAUGGCCUGUAUCACUUUGAUGAGAAGUCUAUGUCUGGUAUUAUCAUUGGUGUGUGUAUAGCACUGGCCUGCAUCGUUAUCUGUGUCUUCAUCCUGAUCACUAAAACCAAAACUAGUAGGAAAUCCUCAACUUCAAAGAUGAUUGGACGGGUGAGUGGUGAGGUCAUGCAAAAUGGUUUACCACGAGCCAGUCCACACCAGGCGGAAAAUGCUGAGGUUCUGGUACCAAUGAUGGAAAAUCAUUUCAUUGACACCAAGGGUGGAACAACUUUGAUGAUAAACCGUGAUGGACCUAUCAUCAGCAGCAGUCACAACAAGACAAGGAAGUGGAACAUUUUCAGAAGUGCAGAAAAAUGCAUCACCAGAAAUAACCAGGUUGUGGAAAUAAGCGGUUUCUAUGAGGUGGGUAAGACAGUGUUGCAGUACGAGGAGGAGCAGGCAGUGGCAUCCCUUCAGCCUCCCUCCCUGCAGAUCUUCUAUCGGCCACUAGGGGAGUCCGAGAGCUCUCAGGCCAGCGAGGGCAGCAGAGAGACAGGAGAUUCUGGCAACUUCUCUCAAGACGAGGCAGAAUCCAGCAGUCCUAACAGCAGCCCUAACAUCUCUCAGCCUCCGUUCAUCUGCCUGGACAAGUGUGGUCCCUCUGAAAACGCUGCUACAGAGAAACAUGGUGGAUCAUCUCAGAGCGCCAAGACAUCGAGCUGCGUCCUGAAUAUUUGUCCUCAUGAUUCGACCUGAACCUACCUCAACCUCAUCCUCAUCGAUCAGCCCCACUUUUUACUAACUGCACUUCUAAAACACACUAAUCAGCCUGUGAUGGAGGCUGCAGCCUGUCGCUCUCUCAGGAUACGCUCAUCCUAAUGGAACAGUGAUGGGAGCUCUUUUCACCAAAGAUCAGCAAGCAGCAUCUUCAGCAGUGGUUGGACAGAGAAGAGAGUCCAAAUAGCUUUACCAAACUUGUUCUUUAACUUAUGAGGGACUGCUGGCUCAAGGGAUUAAGCACACCUUUACACAACCCUUUCCUCUUCCCUGAGCCGACAGCCCCUGAGAGCCGCUCUAGAGGAAGUAGAGCGAAGUGAUCACAAGGGUUCAGAGAUGUACUGCUUUCGGAUCUGAGCCUUCCUCAGGAUUUACUUACAAGAAUGUACUUCCUACUACUAGCUUUGAUUUCCUCUGCUCGUACAGAGGAAACACGUCUCACCAAAUGAUGAAUGUCUUUCUAGAAUGUUUUAAUGUUCUUUCCCUAAAGUUAUUUUUCCCUCUGUCUUGUCACGUCUCGCACGAGAGGGGACUGUGAAAUCCUCAGUGGUGUCUACCUACCUCAGUUUGAUCUCUUUUUUUACUCGUACUUAUGCUUCCUGACAGAGUUGGAGUGUUUUGCAUUUUAAUUUAUAAGCCAUGUUUUGUACGUGCCACAUUUUACACUUUAUUACUCAUUAUUGUUAUUAUGAAAUGGGUUAACGUGCCUCAGGUUCUUAAAGAAACUUUACUUAUUUUAACGGGAGCUGCUUAAUUAACCCUCUGGGUCCACACAAACUCGCCAGACAUCUCUGUGUUUCUAUUAAUAUAGUGAUAAUACAUCACAAAAGUGUGAUUCAGAUAUUUCCUAAAUCUGUAGAAUCUGCCCUAACACUGCAUGUAAUCACAAGAUCAUACAGGGCUAAAUUUGGAAGGUACAAGUCUGGGAAUCUUCUGUCACUUGCCAAAGAAGUGUUUGAAUGAGUUUAAAGGAAAAGCUGCAUUUAGAGUCAUUCUACACUAACAUAGUGAAGAAACGAUACCUUCAAAUCCACCUUAGAAGUUCCUACUUAAAAUUUUGGACCUUGACAUGAUGUGAUUUUUGCAGCAGAAUACAUAACCAGCUAAAAUUGUACUUUUCAGUUAAUUUUGUGGUGCUGUCCAUAUGACUCAUCUAGGAAAAACAGUAUCUACAAGGUGAAAAAGGUGAAGGCAGCAUAAUUAUUAUGUGAUUUCUCAAUGUCCACUGGUCAGAUUUACACAGAACAACAAGUAGACAACGGACACAAGAAUAUAGUAUCUAAUGGUUAGACACAGAGGCAGAAAAGAGGUUUCCCAACUGUGCUGAAUUAUCACAAACAUUUAUUAAUAGAAACAUCAGAAAAUGUUUAAUUUAACAAGCCUUUAACAAGUUUGUGGAUCUUAGAGGGUAAACAGUAAACUUGCAGAAAGGUCCUUCUGGACAGACUGCCGAUUACUAAUGUUAAAUACCUCAGUCUAGCAUGUUUUUAGCAGUAUUUUUCCUUUCCCUAUUUUCAUAUUGCUUACUCUUUUCAGUACUACCUCCUCUGAACAGCAUUUUGUUAUGUGAAUAAUUAGAAAGAAUAUGAUUUUCUGAGUUUAUAAUGUGAGAGCUUUUGAGUUACGCUCACGGAUCAAGUGGUCCGUUUUCCUUUCCAAAUACUGUUUCGUUCCAUUUUUUCUGAGACUUAUUUGUGAUGUUGUUGAGCUCAGUUUGAGGCUUAAGUUGUAUAUGUAUCUUCAGUGGAGGACUUCAGUUUCAGUAUGAUUUGGUUAUCCUUAUUUCUUUAUUUCUUAUCUCUUGAUUUCUUGGUGGUAAGUGAGAACCAAAUAUUUAAAUGCGCUGGUGUUUUCAGAGCAUCAAACCUUGAAAGCUUUAAAACACAAUGGCCUUAUGGUGGAAGGGUCAUUUUUGCAAUAUAUGAAUAUAUAUAUAUAUAUAUAUAUAUAUAUAUAUAUAUAAAAGAUUCCUGAUCCAAAGAAUGAAUGAACGAAUGCUACAGAGAUGUGGAAUGAUGCCAAAAAAAUACUGUUACCUCCAAAGAUAUAUAUAAAUAUAUAUAUUUCUGUAAACUGUAAGUGCCAGCAAGAAUGCCCUGUCAGCUUUAACUCAGUGGUCUGGCAAGUUAGCUUUAGCGCUUAUCUGUUGGGUAAGCGCAGUGAUUUACUUUAUGACCUUUUUAUGAACUUUUUGUAGAUUGUAGUGAAACAGCAGUGGUGACAGAUGAUGCUAUUAUCCAAAGAGUUGUUUACUUCUUUAACUGGGUUGGAGACAAACCUGCUGAGUAAAUAAGGUGUGAUGGUUUGUGAUAUAUGCCUUCCACAUGUCCAAAUAACUGUGAUUACAGUGUGUGACUGAGAGAUGACUGUGCAAUUUUGAAUUAUGUAUGGAGUGUGAUUGUGCAACAGUUACAAAAUCAGCAUUUGCAGCAAUGACUUUGACCCUGUUUACACCUCAUCACUUGAUGCUUCUUAAGAAUCAGGAUAAUUAUCUAUGUGUCAAUGUGUCCAAACCACAUUGAACUGCAAGUGUAAACGCACCCAAAACUAACUAAAAACAGAUCAAAAUCUAAUCACUCAAACCACUAUAGAAGGUGGUCUGAGAUGCAUUCAGUCUUUCCCACAAAGUAGCCAAACCAGGAAUACAUUUGACUUCCAGGUGUAAUGUGAUUACCAUCUAAUCAAGAUCCAUACCAGAUUCUAGUUACAUGAAGUGACCAGGUGUAAACAGUGUCGUUUGACAUUCAAUCAGUUUAAUCAAGCAGUUUGGCGACGACCCUUUUGAGUGAGGUGCAACAAAAUCAGUUUUCUACGCCUUUUUAAUAGACAAAUAAUCUAUACCAAAGAUUGUUAUUGUCACCCUAGUAUAAUGUGUAGGCUGUGUUUUAAACUCUUAAAGUUGCAUCUUGUUUUGACUACUGCACCACAUCCAUAACAGUGCAACACUACAUCCACAGACUUACACACACACACACCGUGCUGCAUUUAGCAUGCUAUGCUAAAGGGAAACCUCUCAGAAUGUGAAUAUAAUGCUGAAUGAAUAGACUCAACAGAAAAGCUGAAUGUGUCACAGGGGAGUUUGAUUGUGUUGGGUUAGUAUUGUAUGUGUUAUUAUUAUUAUUAUUAUUUGUACUUUUUGAAGUUACGUUUUUUUGACUGCUCACAGCAAAAACGCAAAAUGGAUCACAUUUUUGUUCUGAAUGUGUUUUAACUGUGAGUGGUCAAAUAUUAUAAUUCUCUUGGCAUUUUUUUUCUCCAGGCAGAUGUCUGUCAUGUAUUUGAAUGCACCGUUUUUUUUUUUUUUUUGUCUGUACAGUAUUAUUAAUUCGCUUUAUAUUUCUGUGUUUGUAUUAAUUUUAUAAAAUGUUUGCUUUUCCCCAAAGUGAUAACAGCACUCUUUAAGAAAACAAGGUGAUAGGCUGUUUUUACCAGUUUUAUACAAACCAAAGGUGGUCAAAACAAUGCAGUUUAAUAAAAAAAUAAAUCUAAAA